GUUUGUUUGUAAACAUCGGAAAACUUGUUCGAGCUGAGGGCUUUGUUGGUAAACAAACUCACGAACUCCAUAGUAGCCAAAUCAAAAUGGCUAAAUCGGGAGUUUCUCAUAUCGUUACACCGUUACACAAAAUUUUCACCACUUUUGAAGCUGGUUCUAUUGUAGACUUGCUGAUCCAAAUCGUUCAGUCCACUACCCCGAAAAUUAGCGACAUCCUAUAUAUACACACCUUGGUUUUCUUCAUGAUGUCCUGAUUUUCGACAAAACCACCUGGCAUCCCUGAUCGUUAAAAUUGAAAUCUGAUCAAAAUGGAUAAAUCGCUUUUUGAACUGGCCAAGGCCUUGGAUGCGGUAGAUACAAUUAUUUGUGUGGGCAACCGUCAACAAAAUUCAAUUCCAAAAAGAACCCAACAAUCCUAUAAGUUCUCCCAACAAAAGUUCCAAUACCUGGUGGUAAUGGACUUCGAAGCAACUUGUUGGUCAACUACAACCAAAGGUAGCUGGAAAACCAACGAAAUCAUUGAAUUUCCUGCUGUGCUACUUAAUCUCAAUACAGGCCAACUCGAGGCGGAAUUUCAGCAGUAUGUAAUGCCGGUAGAAAAUCCUCGAUUGAGCGAAUUCUGCACCAACCUUACAGGAAUUCAACAAGAUCAGGUGGACGCCGGUGUAUCGUUAGCUUCAUGCUUGUUGUUAUUCACCAAAUGGCUCACGCAAAUUUUGUCAGAACGGGGCUUAGUGCUGCCCAAAAGUGACCGCAACAAUCCUGCAGGAAACGUUGCGUUCGCCACGUGGAGUGAUUGGGACUUGGGCGCUUGCUUGAGCAAGGAAUGCACUCGGAAAAAGAUCAAUAAACCAGCCUAUUUUGACCAAUGGAUCGACGUAAGAGCUAUCUAUAGGAAAUUCUACCAACGUCAAUCAAGCUUUUCUGAUGCAUUGGCCCAGCAGGGUCUACAAUUCGAGGGGCGACCACACUGCGGACUGGAUGAUGCAAAAAAUCUUGCUCGACUUAUAAUGCGGAUGUGCAAAGAUGGUUCCAAAAUGAUCAUCACAAAAGACCUGAGACCGUUCGAGCUUUUAAAUAAAAAAUAGCUGGUAAUCGAUAGCCGCAAUUAGCUAAGAACGAACGGCUGUGAUAAUUUUAUGUAAAUAUAUCUUAUAUUUUCAAAAACUUACUUAUGUUAGUUCCGUUUUAUCUUAUCUUUGGUAUUAGAUUCGCGGAAAAAAUGUUAUUCGUUACCUAACAUACUUAUCGCUGCAUAAAGUCACUAAGAUAUUCUGUCUUGAU